CUUUUAUUUUUGAGAGUCGGACAGAGUAUAGUUAUUCUACGUAAUUUAAGAGGCGAAAAAAAAAAGGGGGGGGGGGAGAGAACAAGCAGUAUUUACCUGUCACUAAAUAGCAGGGCCGGACUUAACCAUUGUAGAGCCCCAUGCGAAACGUAUUUCGCGGGGCCAAGUUUGGGUCGGCCGGUAGGAAUAAGGAUAAUAAGUGAAAAUUAAGAGUUUGUAUUAGAAAAUAAAUUCGUCUUUGCAUUUUAUUCAUUCUUUACUGUGUACAGAAUUACUUUACGAGCCUUGCGUGUAGCGAAGUCAUACAGUAUUUCGUAAAUAUUAUAUUUCCCACAUAGAUCACGCUCAAUAGCAAGAAUUACCAAAAGUUUCAAUCUAUCUACGAGAAUUGUUUACCUCAAGUAAUUCUUCAUUAGUUUGAGGUGCGAGAAGCUUCUCUCACUAGAUUCCACAAUUACGUGUAUUGCAUAAUGCCGUUUUUUUAAUCGCGCGUAGGAUUGGCGUUUUUCAUAUUGAAUGUAAAAAAAAGCUCCCACAACCUUGUCACAAUCCAGGCGCUGUUCCAAAAGGGGCCGUUACAUAAUAAAUGGCGUGUCCCGCACGGUUAGCCUGGUAUAGAAAAGAAAAAUGGCGGGGGGUCUUAGUAGAUCUAUACGCGGCCUCUUGCCGCGAGUCUGACCCGCCCACCAGACAAACAGUGUACACUGUUUUCAUACAGGCCGGUGAGAGGGAGCUCUUGUUCACUUCUGCUGGCCUAGAGUUCCAAGAGCCGAAGGCUCAACUCUACCUGACAGUUUAAGAAGAAGAUAUUGAAUGACACCCCAAAAUGACCAUCUUUCUCUAUAUAUUUCAGGAGAUUUGUAUGAGUUUUCAAAAGAUUUUAAUAAUUUCAGGAUAUUUCCAGGUCUUUUUCGUAUAUUUUUCAAUUUCAGGAGACUUCCAGAAGCUCCUGGUUAAUCGACAGGAGGCCGCGAGAAAUCUGUCGUUAGUUAUAAAAUGGUUUAAUUUAAUAAUUUAUACACCAAGAAUUAGCGCGGGUCCUAUGAAAGUGCGGGGCCCACUGCGGUCGCAUAGGCCUAGGCCUAAGGUCGGCCCUGCAAAAUAGCGGCGCAUGCUACGCCGCCGGUCGACUAGUAGGUCUAUAAUGGAUCAAUUAUAAAACUGGGAAACAAACAAUUCCUUAAAUCUAAUUCUAAAUUACUUCUAUACCUACUUCUGGGCAUGUUGAGUGUAUCAAUACUAUCGAUGUAAUCAUCUUUUGGAAGUCAUUUCUGUAUUAUAAAAGACAAGAUAUGGGAAAGGUGGGGGGUAACUCUUUUUCUUUUGAAAUCUAAAUUUAGCUAGACUAGACUAGAAUCUCGAUAGAGAUCUAAGAUCUAGAUCUAGUAGUCUAGAUCUAUACUAGUUACUAGACUCUAUAUCCUAUAUCUAGAUCUAGCUAAGAUUCAUCUAAUCUAGACUCUAGUAGAUCUACAUUUCUAUAUGCCCCUAUAACCAGAUGAACACACUAUUCAUCCUAAUAAAAAAGUCGAGGGCACUAUUAAGUCUAAAGAGGCAACCCUGGCCAAUAGUAUUAUGCGAGAGACAUUCUAGGUAGGCCUACACAAUGCGCACGGACGUCUGUAAUGGGCUUUAUAAAUCUUUAUAAAUAUAUUCUUUGUGUUAAGUAAGACGCCUCUGUCGCGAAUGUUUUUUUUUUCCACACUAAGUCGACACUAUAAAGAAGUGCAAUAACUAAAGAAAUUCGACCAUUCUGAGACCAAAAAAACCCAAGAAGAAUCACACUUGUGGAGACACUUUAAAAUGUUUUCUUCAAAAUGUUUUGACCCAUAUUGUUGCAUACGCUCCUCGCAAAAAGAAGUCUAUAUUUAACAAGGUUCUUUCUAGAAGAUAAAACGACGUCUCCUACUUAAGAUAUUUCAAAUUUUUAUACAUGUAAUUUAAUAUUAUUUAGAUAAAUUACACUGAAAAUAAAAAACAUUUUUUCACCCCCCCCCCCCCCUUCCCCUCUCCUUGUUGGUCAUUAGCUUGUCGCUCCAAACAGCUAGUACAACUCUAACCAAUGUAGGCGUUUUUAUAUUUUUAAUAAAUAACUUGAAAAAACUUCUUAUGUGAACAUAAACUCAAUAUAACUGUUAUUUCAAUAUUCACAGAUUUUACUUGAGAUAGAGAUCUAAUAUUUAUGAAAUAAACCGAUAUUUAAACAAAACCUAACUCAGGACAAAACGUCUUUACUCUUUCAUGUCUCAAAAUUGUCUGCCAUUUCACAAUUUAAUCAUCCUCAAUGCAUAACCACCAAUCAAUCGCUUAACCUCUUCUUACCGUCGCCUAGGAAACACACAUACUUUAUAACACCCCUUUUUGUCAAGAAUUUGCUCCCCCCUCCCAUGGAGAACCCAUAGUUUUAGAAACGCUGCAAUAAAGAUACAGAUAAUCAAUAAUGCAAAACAGAAUAAUUUAAAUAAUAAUCCAAUACGGAAUACUUGCACAAUUAAAAAAAAAUUAAAUACCAUUAAUUAUAAUUAAAUGUUUGGUUGUUCUAAUAUUAGAUAUUUAUAAAAUAGAUUUUACUACGAAAAGAAGAUAAUUAAAAUGUAUUUUAAACUAGAACACAAAUGAACUUUAUGUAGUUCUACAUCUACACUCUAUAAUCGGCCAAAAAUAUUCUACUCUCAACAAACAGCCAUUUCAAAUAAAAGUGACAAUUUUAAAAAAUUUAAUUUCUAAUUACUAGAUCUACUUACACGGCGGACUAUUGGACUCGAAACAAAUAUUACAAAUAACCUGCGAAAAUUCAAGGCCAAGGGAGUUGGCGCCAAUGGAAAAACCUGUGGGAAUCCCUCGCACAUUUUUUUUUAAAGUUUCCAAAAUAAAUUCUUAAUAAAAGUAAUUUUUGUUAUUAUUAAACCAAAAAUCUGAAGAAGAAAAAGGGAAUCUUAGAAUAAUGAUUUGGCUGCCCCUUACAUUCGGCCGCCUGCGUGCAAUGCACACAUUGCACAAUAGGUAGCAGCCAGUUUUUAGGCUUGAUUGAGAUGCUUGAUAAAUUCAAUCCAACCAUGCAAGAACAUCUUCGACAAAUUAAGAAUGCUGAGGUUCACUACAAGCACCUCAGAUAUCGGAUUCAUAACAAACUUAUAGAUCUGAUGGCAUAUUUUCCCAACAUCCUUAUUGAUUGCUCGCUUGAUGUUAGCUACAAAGAGCAAUGUCUAUUACAUAACGGUUUUGGACGUCUUAGAUCCAAAAAGUGGAGAACACUUUAUAAAUGUAGUUAAAAGGCUAGUUCUACAGUACUUACGUAAGGUAGUACGUUUUGUAACAAAAAUAAGGCGGGCAAUCCUGUUAGCUUGAGGUAGUACAAUAUAUUUAGUGUACUCUUUCGGUCCAGGGCCCCGCACACAGCUAAGGCUGCCUCUGACAUUUAAUGUCUUUGUUAAAAGGCCUAAUCAUAAUAUGGCACUAUUUAGAUUAAUAAUUUCAUAAGUCAUGAGCAAAACAAAAGAAAAAAAUCUCCAAAUUAUUCAUAACAUUUUAUUUCUUUUUAAAAGAAAAGUAAAGGCGGUUGGUGUUUGUGCUGGCCACAUGACACCCUCGUUAACCGUAGCCCUCAGAAUCAGAUGACCUUAACAUCAUCUGCCCUAUAAUCCACAAGGUCUGAAAGGGAAACUUAACUUUACUUACUUUAAAUUAUUAGGCAAAGCAAGGUGAAGUUCUCCUCUAGUGGCUACAUUCAAUCUAUUUCUUUUCUUACUCAUUAAGUUUGUUACACACUAAAUCCAGUUAAACCAGGUAUGUUGACGGAAAAGCUAAAAACAAUUUCAUUUUUGACCACAGUUUUUUAAUUUUACAGGAACAUUUAAUUGCAUUCAUAUCUCUGUUGUGUCUUUUAUGUGUAUGUUAGUUAGUUAGUUAACAUUCUUUUCACUGAAGACAUGAUAAUUUUGUAAACCUAUUUUUUUUUUCAUUUACAGAUGUUUAAAAAUUGUCAUUUAUAUUUAAUUUUUUAAAUUUAUUACAUCCUAGAAACAAAUCGUCAUUUCUUUAUACAGCACUAGCCGGAUAUUACACGCGGCCAGCAGGCUUUAGUUUGUGUAUUACUUAUCAAGUUGAUUAGAUUUAGAUGUAUGACAAACUUAGCUAAUGUUCUGUUGAGAUUUUUCUCUUUUGCCCCGAAAAUAAAAGUUUGGGGAAAAUGGGUUUAGCCGUUAAGCUGAUACAUUCAUAUCAAAUAUUAAAUACUUUGGAAACGGGCUUACCCGAUUUGUUAAAAUCUCUUUAAUAGAGAUAAGGUUAGCUACUAAAAUGAAAGAAGCACGCAAUAAAUGGGAUAUAAAGUACGCCAGAAUGUCUAAAUUCGUAGAUAUAAGAAACAAAUUUUGUAAAAAUGCUUUUUGAAACACAAUUAAGGUUAAUUUUAUAAAUAAUGAAAUCAUUGGACUUAUUAUUUUGUAUUUUCAUGUGUCAAAGUAAAAAACUAUCUGUGCAAAGCAUAUUUCUUAAAAUUAGAUCUUUCUAGAGCUAUAUCCUUUCGAUCUUGUGUCAUGUAAACAUGGCCUAGAUCCAUGAAAUCGUAAUACUUUCAUAGAGUUGGGCAACUUUUUUUUUUAGAGGGUCUUAAAUUUGUUUUAGGGUAACUAUUCAAAUGUUAAGGCUCCAGUUUGUACCCAAGGAACAUUUAUGCCAAGUUUUAUCAAGAUUUGUCAAACGGUUUUGAUUUCUAUUAGGAACAUACAUACACACAUAAAUACAUAUGCCUUACUUUCUGCAUUGCUUUAUUGUAUAGAUUGUUAGGUGAAUUGCAUAUUAUAUAGACAUCAAUGUCCUUAGGCAGUUAUUCAUUUGUCAACAAACAAGUUAUGUGAGAUUGUAAAACCAUUUUGAAUAGAUUUAAUAUCUCAAUAAAAGAGAAAAUGAUUUAAUCGGUGAAAGUCAAUUUCUUUUCUUUCAGUUGGAUAUAGGUCUCAUCCAUUUGUUUUAGAUGCCUUACAUGUAAAACAAUAUUUUCUUUAGCCAACAACAUCAUAAGACUUUAUUUUGUGUGUGUACCAUAACUAUGGACUAAGACGUCACUAUAAGCCUAACAGCCACUGUAAGAAUGAAGCAUUAUGAUUGGGUAGCUCUAGAUUCACUUUCUGUAUUGUUGAGAGGAGUGACCUUUGCCUAUCCUAUAACCAAAAUCUCAAAGAACCCAAUUUUGUUUUUAGAUGUCAAGAAUUUAUCGUCUAACUUAUUAUAUUUAAAUGUUUCUAAGCAUUUAAAUAAUAAUUGGUAGAAUGUUAACUAUUACAACCUUUUACACAGAAUUUAAAUAUGUCAAUAACUCAAAUUGUAUAAACCAUUGAAGUCAAAGACCAUGCACACCACAGGUGAUAUGCCAGGAGAGCUGAGUAAGUCACUUUGCCAAGUGCCUCCAAUUGCCUAAGGCCUAUCCUGGCAUUAGGUAUGUCGCCGACACAGUAGUUUCCCCCUCUCCAUGCAGCUGAUGUAUCCAAAGGAAUGGUGAAUGUGGAUAUAUUUUGGAAUCAGAGGUGUGGCAGGCACUGCCAGCAUGUAGGAUACUGCCUGAGGGUUGCUGGCUUCUGAUUUUCCCCAUGGUUGACUUUCUAUUGAACCAAACUGAAUAAGUAGUCAGCAGUAAUUAUUGCUGUGAUAGUCUGGACUUCACAUUUUGUAACAAGAUAUAUAAUUGAAAGCUUGCAAUGGAAGAAACCUCUUUUAAAAUAAAUAUAGCACGUACUUUGCAUUUUUUAAUUAAGUACAAUUGGAUUCAUAAUACCCAAGUUACAGAACUUCUUAAGAAAAGAGUUUUAACAAAUCUACCUACUGAGUGGCUCUGUCAUCUUCAACAUCUUUCUAAUGAGGAGUUCAAUCAAUUACCAUAUGCAGGAUUGAAAACAUUUUCUAAACACACAGGCUUGCCAACAAGUUUACUUGAAUUUCUUCAGACUGCUACGACAUUGUCAAUGGAUCGAACACCACCAUCAGAAAUAACUGAAAUAAAUAUUGAUGCUUUCAAGGCAAGUGGAAUGAAUCCAAAGAAACUUCAUGAAGUGUCCAGAAUGGCUCCAUUUGUUAAUGACAUUAUGCUUGAAGCAGACUGCAACCUCAUUGUCGAUGUAGGCUCUGGACUGGGCUAUCUGGAUCACAUUUUACAUCAGCAAUAUGGACACAGUGUGAUUGGCCUAGAGGUCAACGAAUGCCAUAUUUCAUCUGCAGAGAGAAGAGCAUCUAAGCAAGGUCUCAGCUGUCAUUGUUUGAAGAGCAUGAAGUUUAACAUCACCAGUGACGUAGAAUGUGCACAGAGAUUUGAGGAGAUGAUAGCACAGCUGGCACCAACAAUUCUUAGGGGAUGUGAACAUGCUGUUACAGGAAAGCAUAAAUCCCAGCAUGAUGCAUCCUGUAAUGAGGCACCCAGACCAAAAGUUUGUUUGAUAGGUUUACAUUGCUGUGGUGAUCUGACUCCUGCCAUGAUGUCUUUCUUUCAUACUGUCACCUGUGUCAGGUCUUUAUGUUGCAUCUCCUGUUGUUACCACAAAAUGAUGUAUUCAUCAGGAUCAUUUUCAAAGUUUCCUUUGAGUUCAACAGUGAAGACACAGCUGUCUAAUGUCCAAAAACAAAACCCUUCCUGGCAAAUCUCUCCUUGUACCCUUAGGCUAGGGGCACAACAGACUAGGGCUAGUUGGAGAGAACAAAGUGUUGAGGACCACAAAGACCACAUGAAACAUGUAGCAUUCAGAGCACUUCUAGAGAUGGCAGUUGGCGCUGAUUUUCCAGAAAUCAGAAAGAGAGUACGAAAAUGUGAUUUCACAUCAUUAUCUGCAUUUAGUGACUCAUUUUUUCAUACUGAUGAAAAAUCUACUUUCUACAAAGACAAGUUGUAUGAGUUAUAUGCAAAAUAUGAACAAGAAAUAAAUUUGAUAGAGUUUUUUACAUGUCUCCAGGUGAUUGUCCAGCCUGUUGUAGAGACUCUAAUAUACCAAGACAGAUUGAUUUGGUUGUUGGAAUCAGGCUAUCAGAAUUCUAAAGUCAUUCCACUCUUUGACGACCAAAUAUCUCCAAGAAAUUUAGCUCUUGUGUCUUACAAAUCUGUUUGAAAUGACAGCUAAAACUAAUUUAAUGCAGGCUCUACAACACUCUAACCCUAACCCACCAUCACCACCAUGCUAAAAAUCCAAUUUUUCUUCAAAAACUGCCUCAGGAAGAUUAUUAUGGUCUACUGGUCAGACAUGAUCACUAAUGAGGAACUGUGGCAAAGAACAAAGGAGCAGCCCAGAGGAGAUGCUUGCUAUGGAUUAAGUCACACCUCCAUCCAACAGCCCAAGACUAGCCCUCACCUUGAACCGCUUGGAGAGAGUAAGAGGGCCCAACCCUGAAAUACAUGGCAUUGAUAAUUGGAUGCAGCCGGGUUAAACAUAUGACAGUUGGAGAAGCUCCCCUAGAACCAAGACACCUGGAGGAAGCAGUUGGUGGCCUCUGCCCCAGACAAGACCACAUCCAGAGAUAGAAAAUACUUUUAAGGUUUUCAAGUUUGGAAAAUUUGUUGUUUUUUUUUCAAAUAUUAAAUUAUUGCCUAGAAAUCCUAAAUAUUUAUAUGUCAAAAUACAUGUCUUCUUAGGAUUUAUUUCAAUAGAGAUGGAUUUAUUUUUUUUUAAAUUGUAUAGCUCUCUAUUUUGGACCUGUAGGGUGGAAGGACUAUCUGGUAGAAGGUUUCCAUGCUGCCUUGAAGCAUAAGCGAACACAACUCAUCUCAUGUCAGGACUUGAGUCCCCAAGAUUUUCUAGAAUUUUGACAUCUGAAAUUAAACCAAACAGAGGAGAUUGAAAUUAUAUGUUUUCAAAACUUGUGUGCAUAGAGAAGUCAAGAAUUUUGUACUGUUUUAGUUGUUUUGUUUUUAUAGACCUAGCUGGGUGCAGGCGUUUGUAUCUGUUUGAUUUUAUUUUUAUUAGAAUCUAUUUGUUGUUUUAAAUUAUGUCCAAUUUAUUUGCAUAGCAAAUAGAUUUUUUCUCUUUAAAAAAAGUUAACAUUUUUUGUUUGUAAUUAUAGUAUUUAGUAUGACAGAACUUACAUAACUUAGCAAUACAAUUGUAAAAAAUAAUAUUUUUUUAUCAAAAAUUUAAAACCAUUUGCAUAAAUGUGUUUUAAAAAAUGGUAAAUUGGUAUCUCCCUUACUAAAAGGCCUCCAGUGUUUGUUACUAUUAAUAGUGAAUAGUUGUAAAAAUGGUGUAUUUUAUGAAAAAACUGCUUGCAUAAUUGAUUUUAAAAAUUAGAUUUUUCACUUUCAGAAAAGAAUUAAGUAGCAGUUGCAUCAGAACUUUGAAUGAUCUAAAAUAUCAUGAUGUCCGAUUUUCAUUUUCUCUUUUAGUUUCUAAGAUCUAAACAGGACAGACAGACAGGCCAUACAAAACUAAAAGGGGGCCGGGAAAAAAAAUGGAGUUUUUAAUACUGACAUGUUCUAAUGUUUUUUCCUUCAAUUUUAUUCAUAAACAAAAAUAUUGUUGACUACAAUACAGAUUGUGACAUUUAAGCAUGUUAUCUUUUAUAGAACUUUUAUGUGCAGUUUGAGGUAUAGCUGAACAGUUAUUAAAAUAGACAAAAGUA